AGUGAAUGGCUCUUAGCACGGAUUAUGGCCUUACUACGCCAUGUUUUGGCCUCGUGGUUUCUUCAUGACGGUCGGAACACUGUUCUGGGUAGAAUUUAACCGUUGGCUCCUGUGCCGUGAGCGCUGAGGCGAACGCGCUUUGAAAACCUUUCACACCGUUUCAAGUUUUGACUCCGCGUGGUCGACAACUUCAGGAUUCAAACCCGAAAAUGAGCGCUUUUCCGUCCAGAAAUUUGGCUUGGGCAGAUGAGGGUCUUCGAGAAAUCGACCAGGGCCAUGCAAGGGGGAACAGGACGGCUUUGCUUGUGCGCUCUGAGUUACAGUCUGUUCUUAAAAGACUUGGACGGUUUACCCAGAGGCACUGCGGAAAAGUUAUUUUAUUUGGCUUCCUGUUUUUGAUCGUGUCUGCGAUUGGAUUGAUCAAGGCAAAACUGGAAACUAACGCGGAAAAUCUCUGGAUAGAAGUGGAUGGACGACUGGAAAAAGAGCUAGAAUAUACCAAAAAAGCGCUUGGAGAAGGUUACGGCGGCACAAACGAGCUACUGAUACAAACACCCAAUGAAGAAGGAACAAAUAUUCUUACUGUACAAGCCUUGAAGCGGCACUUGGACAUUUUAAUGAAAGUCACAAAUGUCUCCGUAGAUUUGUUUGACCAAACCUGGACAUUAAAGGAUAUUUGCUACACUCUCGAUCUUCCUCCUAUGGAUGAUAAUAUUGGGUUGGAUACCGUCCUUCCGCAACUUAUGCCGUGUGUCAUGAUAAGUCCUUUGGAUUGCUUCUGGGAAGGAGCAAAGCCACUCGGACCACACAACAAAGUAACCUUUGGGUCGGAUGAUCAUGAUGAUCCUAUUGGCAAUUUGAAAUGGAUAAGCAUGAAUCCGAAGGAAAAAGUACAAUUAAUGGAGCAGUAUAUGCUUCCAAGAGAUUAUGAGAAACUGAUGGGACUUCUGAAUGAGGCUGGAAUCAACAGCGGCUAUGUGAUGAAACCUUGUCUUGAUCCAUAUGACCCUGACUGUCCAACAACUGCACCAAAUUACAAGACCAAGAAGAAACCCGACAUAGGUGUGGAAUUGACGGGUGGCUGCAAGGGGUUUGCUACCAAAUAUAUGGACUGGCCGGAAGAACUUAUUGUGGGAGGAACUGUCAAGAACAGAAGCAAUAUUAUUAGAAGGGCUGAUGCAUAUCAGAGCAUAAUCAUGUUGAUGGGGAGGCAGCAGCUCUAUACUCAUUGGUAUAACCAAGCAAAAGUGAACCACAUGGAGUGGACUGAAGAUGAAGCAACGCAAGUUUUAGAGGCAUGGAAGCGCAAGUUCACCAAGAUCAUUAACUCAGUUGAUCAAAGCAAAGAAGAUUCAACAGUGUUGGCAUUCUCCUCCACAUCAUUCAAUGAUCUUUUGAAGGAGUUUUCUCAAACAAGCUAUUCAAAAGUAGCAAUUGGAUAUGUUCUGAUGGUACUUGGUUGUUAUAUGCAAGUGCAGAAUGUUUCAACCUGUCUGUUGUUCAUGAUUUUAGUGGAUGGACGACUGGAAAAAGAGCUAGAAUAUACCAAAAAAGCGCUUGGAGAAGGUUACGGCGGCACAAACGAGCUACUGAUACAAACACCCAAUGAAGAAGGAACAAAUAUUCUUACUGUACAAGCCUUGAAGCGGCACUUGGACAUUUUAAUGAAAGUCACAAAUGUCUCCGUAGAUUUGUUUGACCAAACCUGGACAUUAAAGGAUAUUUGCUACACUCUCGAUCUUCCUCCUAUGGAUGAUAAUAUUGGGUUGGAUACCGUCCUUCCGCAACUUAUGCCGUGUGUCAUGAUAAGUCCUUUGGAUUGCUUCUGGGAAGGAGCAAAGCCACUCGGACCACACAACAAAGUAACCUUUGGGUCGGAUGAUCAUGAUGAUCCUAUUGGCAAUUUGAAAUGGAUAAGCAUGAAUCCGAAGGAAAAAGUACAAUUAAUGGAGCAGUAUAUGCUUCCAAGAGAUUAUGAGAAACUGAUGGGACUUCUGAAUGAGGCUGGAAUCAACAGCGGCUAUGUGAUGAAACCUUGUCUUGAUCCAUAUGACCCUGACUGUCCAACAACUGCACCAAAUUACAAGACCAAGAAGAAACCCGACAUAGGUGUGGAAUUGACGGGUGGCUGCAAGGGGUUUGCUACCAAAUAUAUGGACUGGCCGGAAGAACUUAUUGUGGGAGGAACUGUCAAGAACAGAAGCAAUAUUAUUAGAAGGGCUGAUGCAUAUCAGAGCAUAAUCAUGUUGAUGGGGAGGCAGCAGCUCUAUACUCAUUGGUAUAACCAAGCAAAAGUGAACCACAUGGAGUGGACUGAAGAUGAAGCAACGCAAGUUUUAGAGGCAUGGAAGCGCAAGUUCACCAAGAUCAUUAACUCAGUUGAUCAAAGCAAAGAAGAUUCAACAGUGUUGGCAUUCUCCUCCACAUCAUUCAAUGAUCUUUUGAAGGAGUUUUCUCAAACAAGCUAUUCAAAAGUAGCAAUUGGAUAUGUUCUGAUGGUAACUGCUGUUUAUUUCUUGCAGAUUUUGCCUUUCCUUGCACUGGGCUUGGGUGUUGAUGAUAUGUUCCUCCUGGCGCACACAUACUCAUCGGCAAGAGAUAAGAACAAGGACCCAGCAGUAUACUGUCUUGCCAGCACAGGAGUCAGCGUGUUCUUGACGUCAUUCAAUAACAUGUUUGCAUUCUUCAUGGCAGCACUGAUACCCAUACCAGCCUUGAGGUCAUUUUCUUUACAGGCAGCUAUUGUUGUUGUGUUCAAUUUUCUUGCUGUAAUUGUGAUCUUCCCUGCAAUGAUUGUAAUUGACAAAAACAGAAGGAGAAGUGGCAAAUAUGACCUUCUUUGCUGUUGUGAAAGGAGUUCUGAACCUCACAGCAUUUCGAUUACACCAAGCACAUCGGUAAAUGACAGUGGUCUUCUACACUACCGAUACCAACGUUCUUGCAACUCUCUGUCUGAAACCCCUGUUCUUCAGGGUCUCAGUGGCACUGUUAUUCUCCCCGGAAGUGUCCAGGCAGCAGCUUCACAGACAAUACAUUUGCCGAGUAUGGUGAGAGUCCAGGCGUCUGCGUCAGCAGAGCUGGGAGCCACCCCAAUGACAGAGUGGCCACGUUUCAAAAGGAUGAGUUCCAGGAAAAUGGCGGAAUCAGGUGACAUUGAACUAGCGGCGAUGGGUAACAUCUGCAGUAACAAUGGAAUGGGAACUACAAAAGCUAGGGCAGGAGCUUCAGCGAACGUUGUGCAAGUUCAGUUUGCUGGGUCAGUAGACAGAGAGCAGCGAAGCAGCCGAGACUGUUACUCAAGACCUCCUUAUCAAAGUCAAGGAACAAGUAGAUCAUUAAAAAUUUUCCCUGAACAAAGUGGGAGUGACUACAGUCAUUGUACUUGCUCAGAAGGCAUCCCUGAGCAAAGAAGUAAAAGAUAUGCGUACAAGAGCCAUGCAAGGGAUACAGUCAUCAAUGAAAAUGCUGUAGUUUUAUCUCCCAGAGGGGAAAGCAACAUGCGAACGCAACCCCCAAGAAAUGUGCAAUUUCAUGUAUCAGCUAAUGCUGCGUCAAAUGGAGAAACUUCUGCCGUGGCCAUGGCUGAACGUUCCUCCUUGAGAUCGUCAAGUUCACACUCGAGAUCAUCGCCAGGCCUGGACUCAAUGAGUGGGGUUUCUACAUCACAAAGCAUGCAAGACUCGGACUGCGAGUGUAAUAGUCGGUGGAGUUCACUGAAGAAGAAGCUACGAUUCCUCUCGCUGUCAUACUUUGCAAGACAUUACUAUGGUCCGUGGUUGCAAAAAAUGCCAGUCAAGAUUUCAGUCUUAUUCAUGUUUGCAUGUCUGUUUGCUGCUGGUGUCUAUGGCUGUAUGAAAGUGGAAGAAGGUUUGGACCUAACUGAUGUAGUCCCACGAACAAGUCCAGAACACGAGUUUGUCAAAGCACAAUCAAAAUACUUCUCUUUUUACCCGAUGGCUGUCGUGACCAAAGGAGGCUAUGACUAUCCUAAUGGACAGGAGCUCUUGUACAAGUUUCAUGAUACAUUCAAGAAGAUUCCCAACAUAAUCAAAACACCUGAGGGGGAAUUGCCACCUUUCUGGUUGAUGUAUUUCAGGGACUGGCUUAUAGAGCUGCAAAAGGCAUUUGACAGAGACUGGGCUGAGGGGAGAAUUUCAUAUGAUGGGUGGCAGAAAAAUGCAUCUGAUAAUGGUGUGAUGGCCUACAAGCUGUUAGCACAGACUGGAGAAAAAGAGACAAUCAACAGAUCCAUAGUUCGUAGUGUAAGGUUGGUUGAUGAUGAAGGAAUUAUCCGCCCAGAGACCUUUUACAAGUAUUUGAUGGUUUGGUUCAAUGUGGACUUUAUGGGAUAUGCCAUGUCGCAGGCAAACAUCAAGCCAGAACCAGAGGAAUCAUGGUUUAACACAAGAAGACACCAAGAAUACAACGCCAUGCGAGUUGAGCCACCAGCACCGCCUUCAAACUUCACUUAUAUUCCAUUUAACCUGAUCAACCUUAGGACUACAAAGGACUUUGUUGAAACAAUCAAGAGUGUCCGCACCAUAUGUGAAGAGUUUUCAGCGGCUGGCCUGCCUAAUUACCCAAGUGGUAUCCCAUUUAUAUUUUGGGAACAGUACAUUUGGUUGGGGGAACAUCUCUUGGUUGCUGUCGCGAUUGUGCUGUCAGCAAGUUUUGUGGUCAUGGCUGUUAUUCUUUGCAAUUUCUGGGCAGCGAUGUUGAUAGUUAUUGUCCUGGUAAUGAUAACAGUGGAAGUGUAUGGCUUUAUGGGUCUGGCUGGUAUAAAACUUAGUGCCGUGCCUGCAGUUACACUCAUUCUGUCUGUUGGAGUUGGUGUGGAAUUCACUGUACACAUGUGUAUGGUAUGUUGUACAUGGAUAUACCUACAAUACCUAUUUUUUUUGUAUUCAAUAUUGUUGUUUUCUUCUUUGCAGGCAGCUAUUGUUGUUGUGUUCAAUUUUCUUGCUGUAAUUGUGAUCUUCCCUGCAAUGAUUGUAAUUGACAAAAACAGAAGGAGAAGUGGCAAAUAUGACCUUCUUUGCUGUUGUGAAAGGAGUUCUGAACCUCACAGCAUUUCGAUUACACCAAGCACAUCGGUAAAUGACAGUGGUCUUCUACACUACCGAUACCAACGUUCUUGCAACUCUCUGUCUGAAACCCCUGUUCUUCAGGGUCUCAGUGGCACUGUUAUUCUCCCCGGAAGUGUCCAGGCAGCAGCUUCACAGACAAUACAUUUGCCGAGUAUGGUGAGAGUCCAGGCGUCUGCGUCAGCAGAGCUGGGAGCCACCCCAAUGACAGAGUGGCCACGUUUCAAAAGGAUGAGUUCCAGGAAAAUGGCGGAAUCAGGUGACAUUGAACUAGCGGCGAUGGGUAACAUCUGCAGUAACAAUGGAAUGGGAACUACAAAAGCUAGGGCAGGAGCUUCAGCGAACGUUGUGCAAGUUCAGUUUGCUGGGUCAGUAGACAGAGAGCAGCGAAGCAGCCGAGACUGUUACUCAAGACCUCCUUAUCAAAGUCAAGGAACAAGUAGAUCAUUAAAAAUUUUCCCUGAACAAAGUGGGAGUGACUACAGUCAUUGUACUUGCUCAGAAGGCAUCCCUGAGCAAAGAAGUAAAAGAUAUGCGUACAAGAGCCAUGCAAGGGAUACAGUCAUCAAUGAAAAUGCUGUAGUUUUAUCUCCCAGAGGGGAAAGCAACAUGCGAACGCAACCCCCAAGAAAUGUGCAAUUUCAUGUAUCAGCUAAUGCUGCGUCAAAUGGAGAAACUUCUGCCGUGGCCAUGGCUGAACGUUCCUCCUUGAGAUCGUCAAGUUCACACUCGAGAUCAUCGCCAGGCCUGGACUCAAUGAGUGGGGUUUCUACAUCACAAAGCAUGCAAGACUCGGACUGCGAGUGUAAUAGUCGGUGGAGUUCACUGAAGAAGAAGCUACGAUUCCUCUCGCUGUCAUACUUUGCAAGACAUUACUAUGGUCCGUGGUUGCAAAAAAUGCCAGUCAAGAUUUCAGUCUUAUUCAUGUUUGCAUGUCUGUUUGCUGCUGGUGUCUAUGGCUGUAUGAAAGUGGAAGAAGGUUUGGACCUAACUGAUGUAGUCCCACGAACAAGUCCAGAACACGAGUUUGUCAAAGCACAAUCAAAAUACUUCUCUUUUUACCCGAUGGCUGUCGUGACCAAAGGAGGCUAUGACUAUCCUAAUGGACAGGAGCUCUUGUACAAGUUUCAUGAUACAUUCAAGAAGAUUCCCAACAUAAUCAAAACACCUGAGGGGGAAUUGCCACCUUUCUGGUUGAUGUAUUUCAGGGACUGGCUUAUAGAGCUGCAAAAGGCAUUUGACAGAGACUGGGCUGAGGGGAGAAUUUCAUAUGAUGGGUGGCAGAAAAAUGCAUCUGAUAAUGGUGUGAUGGCCUACAAGCUGUUAGCACAGACUGGAGAAAAAGAGACAAUCAACAGAUCCAUAGUUCGUAGUGUAAGGUUGGUUGAUGAUGAAGGAAUUAUCCGCCCAGAGACCUUUUACAAGUAUUUGAUGGUUUGGUUCAAUGUGGACUUUAUGGGAUAUGCCAUGUCGCAGGCAAACAUCAAGCCAGAACCAGAGGAAUCAUGGUUUAACACAAGAAGACACCAAGAAUACAACGCCAUGCGAGUUGAGCCACCAGCACCGCCUUCAAACUUCACUUAUAUUCCAUUUAACCUGAUCAACCUUAGGACUACAAAGGACUUUGUUGAAACAAUCAAGAGUGUCCGCACCAUAUGUGAAGAGUUUUCAGCGGCUGGCCUGCCUAAUUACCCAAGUGGUAUCCCAUUUAUAUUUUGGGAACAGUACAUUUGGUUGGGGGAACAUCUCUUGGUUGCUGUCGCGAUUGUGCUGUCAGCAAGUUUUGUGGUCAUGGCUGUUAUUCUUUGCAAUUUCUGGGCAGCGAUGUUGAUAGUUAUUGUCCUGGUAAUGAUAACAGUGGAAGUGUAUGGCUUUAUGGGUCUGGCUGGUAUAAAACUUAGUGCCGUGCCUGCAGUUACACUCAUUCUGUCUGUUGGAGUUGGUGUGGAAUUCACUGUACACAUGUGUAUGCAAUUUUUGACGAGUGCAGGGGACAGAAAUCAGCGAAUGCAGAGAGCUGUCGAACAUGUGUUUUCUCCCGUUGUGGACGGUGCCAUGUCGACCUUACUCGGUGUCAUUAUGCUUGCGGGGUCAGACUUCGAUUUUAUCGUCAGGUAUUUCUUUCAUCUGCUGGCUGCACUGAUUGUGAUUGGAACUGUAAAUGGUCUUGUGUUUUUGCCAGUGCUGUUGUCUCUCGCUGGGCCUGGACCCGAGGUUGAAGAAAUGCUUCCUCCAGGAACAGCCUCUUCUGCCGGGUCAAACAGAGAAUUGUUUCCCAGCUCUACUUGUAGACAGAGAACCCCUCCUGCGGAUUCCGAGGUUUGUAUCCUGGAGAGAAUCGCCAGAGAAGAGGAAAGGUCAUCUGGUUCCGGGAGGAGACGUACUCGCCAUAAGAGGGGUCCUCACAAGAGUAACAGCCGGAGUAACAGACGUGCAAAUCGAAGCAGGUCUCCCCCGGUCGAUUCGGAUUCGUCAAGUUCGACCGUGACUCGGGUAACGGCUCGUGCUACGGUCACGGUCGAAGUGCAUACCGAACAAGUCUCCACCGAAAGAGCGGCGUAUCAGAAUUUCCGAGGUGGAGCACAAGUUGGGCCGAUUCAUAACCAAGGGGAGAUAGACGAGGAGGAUUUGCACGUCACGAAUUUGGAGUGCGAUGGCAUAAGAAGAUAGGACAGUGAAACGUCGACUGUUUCCUGACAGUCAUCCAGUGGAAAAUGACGCCUAAAGGUCAAGUAGAGGUACGCGCGAGACGUGCGCGCGAGGGCGCAGAGCGCGCGUGACAUGAGUAACCUGCGUGUUUCCUCGCGAGUUAGUAACAUGGUUACUAUCAAGGACGGAGAAAAGUAAUGGGAAAACGCUCAGUUAUUCAUGAGGUGUUACUUUUGUACAGGAAAAAAAACCCAGUAAAACCGGAUUUUACUGGAUACAGUACUUCUAAACUGUUUACGGACGACAACAGUCUGGUUUGACGUUGUGCAUCUCCAUUCUAAUUUAGAAUCGAAUACGAGGAAUAUUCGAAUUAUUUAUAUCAGUGUACAAAGUUCGAUGUAAUUAUCCAGUUACCAGCCGGCUUGGCCCAUGUUACGUAACACAGUAAACCAGUGUAGAGUUAUUAGGUAAGGGGUUUUAUCACUCUAUUUAUAGUAGGAAAGUAGAAAAGAAGCGGUCUUGGUCGCUGCUCAAGCUACUUUUCGAUUAGAUGUUGGGGGAAAUAGCGCCCUGUUAAUUGGCUACUUUGAUGAUAUUCGUCAGUUGUUAAUUCACUUAAGCACGAGCUCGUAUUUUAACUGUUUCACUCCCAAAGUACUGAAAUGCUCGAGUCUUUGAGUGAGGUUCUGCCUUCUUCGUCUUUAGACGAAACUAGAGUGUAAUCAAUGAAACGAAAGCCAACUAGGGGUACAGUUUGGGUUUAAGUUUUGAGUGUGUAGAUGAAACCCUAGUGUGUGACCAUUCAAAUGAAAGCUAUUGAGCAGUACUUUCAUGUUGAAUUUUCCACCCUUUGGAUGAAACGCCAGUGUGUGGGUAUUCGAGUGAGAUGUAUUAUUUUUGGCAGUGCUGUUUGUUUUGCUGUACAAGGUUGAUGUUGGGAGUGAAACGGUUAAAGAGUUUGGCUCUAUAGCAAAGGGUUCGUGGAAUGAGGUCUUUUAAUGAUCCAAUAAUAGCGAUUCGCCGAGAGAACUGAGCCUGCCAUUUUCAAGAGCGGGGUUGCUAAGCAACAUGGCGUAUCUUAUGACGUCAUGUUUGACAGCUCGGAAGUUUCGUGCUGUGUGAGAAUCAGAAAAUUUUCAGUUGCUGCAAGACUCAGUGUUUGUUUUGUUCGUGCUGGUGUUUCACUGUUAAUCGAAGUACCUUAUGAGGGUAAUUAAGGCUCGAUCUAAAGUUUUGUUUAGCAUAUUUAGAAUGAAGAUUGGAAUAGUCUGCGGUGUGCAUUUAACAGUUCGGCUUGGGUCUGCAAUGUUUUUGGGCUGUCUGUCUGCCCGCUUCCCCUGCCCUCGCCUCCCCCCCCCCCCCUCCCC